AUGCAUUCUAUUUCAAUAUUUAUUUUCUUGAUGACCAUACUGAUUGUCAUCAAUGCUCGAUCAAGUUCUUCAUCAAAUGAUCAUCGUUCAUGUCCGGAAGAAUAUCGCGAAUUACGUCGUCGUGACGAUGAGUUAAGUUCUGAUUCAGAUGAUGAUCAAUGGCGAGAAGAUAUUUGCGAACAAGCUAUGGAUAUUGCUGCACGACAGCGUGAUCCUAUCAAGAAUCGAUCAAUCUUACGUACUUAUUGUGCACAUUAUGAUGAAGCUUUAGCAUUAGAACGAGAAAAUAAUGAUACAUUAUGCCAAGACAAAAAACGACAAAUCAAUAUCAAACGAAAACGUCAACAAUCAAAGAAGAAACGAGAUUAUGAUGAUUCUGACGAUAGCGAUAGCGAUGACGAUGAUAAUGAUGAUGGUGAUGAUGACAAACGACGUGCAUUACUUAAACGAGAAUUUAGUAAACGUCUUGCUUUAAGAUUUAUUCGUAAACGAAUGUCAUAA